AUGUUCAACUUGUAUCAGCACAUGAAAGCUAAUAACGAAGGGAAGGAGACCAAAGAGCCAGAGACGACGGGACACGACAGGUUUUAUCAAGAGAGACCGAGGACUAGUUACAGGAAGAAAAAGCGCCGUGGUGCAUGCCGCCGGGCCCAAUCUGCUGCGGAACUAAAUCCUGAUUCUAUUGCCGCGGCUAAUAAGAGGAAUGCAUUCAAAAUACGCUCAGUUUCUACUGAUAGAGAUGAAAGUGAAGAAGAAAAUUCAGAACGAGCACCAUUGGUAGCACAGAAGAUUGACUCGUUAGCUAAGCUGUUAUUUAACAAGUCGCUGAUGGGCACUAGUUCUGGAAAAUCUUCACCGUCAGAACCACCUGCAUCGCCAAGGUACAACUUAAUUUCUCAGUUGGGUGCAAUCGGUGCGCGAUCCAAUAAACAUUGGUUUGCAAUACACGACAAUUCUAUCAAAACCGACAGACUUCUCACUCUGAUGCCUCUGACGAACAAGUGUCCUGUAGAAGCAACCGAUCGUUCUCGCAGCCUCAUUCUGGAAUUGUUUAGAGCUCUCCAUCAUCCUUACAUCUAUCCCGUUCUGGACUUGGAACUUUGCAACGGUCACGCGUUAGCUGUGCUGCCGUUUAACGCGAGAGGCAGUUUGAAAGACCUCAUCUAUAAGAGUACAUGGAAUGACGAAUACGGAAGAAAAUAUGGGUCGGUUGGCAGCGGUCUUCCGGCAUGGCAGGUGGCACGCUUCGGCCGCCAGAUGCUGGAGGGGCUUAUGUUUCUAAAGGAGAAGGGAUUCCCGCCCUUCAGACAUUUGCAUUCGGGAAACGUUGUCGUUCAGAACGGAGUGGCUAGGAUAUGUGGUCUAGAGAACACGCUGAUAGGCGUAGCGCCGCGUUGUCCAAUCGCAUUAGCGGCACAGUCUGAAUGCGUGGAGCCGAUGUCUCUGGGCGGUGUGCUGUAUGAGAUGUGCGCCGGCGCAGAACUAGACCUCUCCAUGUUGCCGGACCUCGCUGCUAAUUACCCGCACGUGAGCGAUCAAAAACUGCACUCUCAUACACUACACAUCACAAACGUAGCUAUAAAAUUAGAGGGCCGUGCUAAAUUUCAAAAGAAUAACGAAGAUAUGUAG